AUGAGUAACAGCUCACCAAACCUACAGAGUGACACUAAUAGUCCUGUAAGAGAUAGUUUUUGGAGAUUUGGGUCGUCGAGGAAGACUCCCGGUGUUGCCAAGCCAAUCAAUAAUCAUCUUCCACAUAAAUUUGAAAAGUUUAAUGGAAAUUUGAUACCAAAAUCAAAAAAAGAUAUAGAUAGUAGUGCAAUAUUUAAUCAUAAUGCAUAUACAACAACAACACAUAAAAUAGUAGUAGAGAAUGGUGUCAUUUCAUCAUCGACAGAACAUACAGAUGUGACCAUCAGUCAUGGCGGCGGUGGUAGUUUAGACAAUUUAAAUUCACCAGAUUAUACAUCACCAAAGACAAACGGACACGGACACCACCACAUGUCAACCAAUGUAACAUCAGAGAAUCAUCUUUCACUUUCAUCAUCAUCCACCUCAUCUCUAUCAUCGAGUGGUGGUGAUAUUUCAAUCAAUAAGCAGAAUGCAAUUUAUAACGAAAAGGCUUCAAAGUUAAAGAAAUUUGAAAAGUUUUUAGGGGAAUCAAAUGUAGAUUUAGAUAUAUUAAAAAAAAUUGGAUGGAGGGGAAUUCCAGAGAAAAAAAGAUCGAUGGCAUGGAAAAUAUUAUUAGGUUAUCUACCAUCAAAUGGUGAAAGAAGAGAAGAGAUUUUAGAAAGAAAAAGAAAAGAAUAUCGAGAUUGUUUACCCCAAUAUUAUAUUUCAGAAGAAAAAAGAACUGAUCCAGACAAGAAAACUUUAAAACAAAUUCAAAUGGAUGUACCAAGAACAAAUCCAUCGGUACCAUUAUUCCAACAACCAAUUAUACAAGAAAUAUUAGAAAGAAUUUUAUAUAUAUGGGCAAUUAGACAUCCAUCAACGGGUUAUGUUCAAGGAAUCAACGAUUUGGCCACUCCAUUUAUCUAUGUGUUUUUAUCAGAGUUUGUAGAAAAUGUCGAGCAAUGUACAGUUAAUACGCUCGAAUCUAGUGUUUUGGCAAUGGUCGAGGCCGACUCUUAUUGGUGUCUCACCAAACUACUUGACGGUAUUCAAGACCACUACACUUUUGCACAACCGGGUAUCCAACGGAUGAUUGCUCAACUCAGAGGUCUGCUCGAGACUAUCAACUCGUCGUUGUGUUGUCACUUGGCAGAGCAGGAUUGUCAGUUUAUCGAAUUUGCAUUCCGUUGGAUGAAUUGUUUUUUGAUGCGUGAAAUACCAUUCCUCUUGGUCAUUCGUAUGUGGGACACGUACCUAUGCGAGCGUGAAGGUUUCUCCAUCUUCCACGUCUAUGUUUGUGCUGCAUUCCUAGUACUGUGGUCUGAUGAACUCAAACAAAAGGAUUUCCCAGACAUUAUGAUCUUUCUCCAAAAACCACCCACUCAAAAUUGGCAGGACCGAGACAUUGAAGAUCUAUUUUCAACUGCCCAUCUUUAUCGUGAACUUUAUCACAAUGCUCAAAGUCAUUUAAAAAGAAGAUAA